AUGCACGCGGUGACGAACCCCCUCACCGCCGCCUCCACGCCGCGCACGGCUCUCGAUGCGCCCGCCGGCCGUCGCGUGCGCGCAUCUCGCGCCGUGACCAAGAUCCUCGCGACCGCCAACAGUCGCGACGACGACGAUUCCCAGAACGCGUCGACGUCUCAGCCCUCGUCGUCCGGGAUGCUCGGCCGCCGCGCGACGGUCGCCGGCGCCGCGGCCGCGCUCUUCUCCAUCGCUCGCGGCGCAUCCUCCUCCGCCCGCGCGGAGUCCAUAGGUGAGUCCCUCCUCGAGCGCAGGCGCGUGGAGGAGGGCGCCAAGCGCGCCGAGCUCGAGCAACUCUACGCCGAGCUCAAGGAGGAGGAGGCGCGGGUCAAGGCGCUCCGCUUCGAGGAGGAGGAGAAGGCGAUGACCAACCUCAACGCCCGGCGCAUCGAGGAGGAGCAGAAGGCCAGGCAGCAGGUCAUCGACGGCAAGACCCUCUGCAUCACCCCGUUCGGCAUCGACGUCGUCGGCAUCACCGAGGCUGUCGCGCUCGUCGGCGCCAUCGGAGCCGGCCUCACGUCCAACGCCCGCAAGGCCGAGAUCGCCGAACUCAACGAGAAGCUCCGCACCAUCAACGUCACCCUCCGCCAGCAGGUGCGCGACGGCCAGGCCGCGGCGUCGCGCAGCGGCAGCGGCGGCAUAUACCCCGACGGCGGCGGCGUGGGCAAAGGCGCGAGAACGGGCGGAGCGUCGGCCAUCGCGAACAACGUCGUCGACCAGGGAGCGAACGACCAGGGAGUGAGUGCUCAGCCGAUGGACUCGCUCGACGCGGAGGACGAGCUCGCGAGCGCCGGCGCCGGCACCAAGGACUUCAACAGCGAGAGCGUCCGGGAGCUCAAGGAGGCGCUGCGGGGCGGGAGGCGGCUCCUGACGGAAGGGGACGAGAACUCCUUCCGCGAGUCCGAGAAGCUCUUCGAGAAGGCUCUCAUGCUGUCGCGCAUGGUGGGAGACGUGGUGCAGGUGCGCAGGGCCGUGCGAGGCCUGGCGGCGUCUAAGCGCGGCAGGAACGACUACAAGGGUGCGAUCGCGGGGUUGAAGGAGGUGCUCUCCAUCUCGGACCAGCUCGGCGAUCACGUGGGCGACGCCGACGCCCUCGGGUCCAUCGCGGACAUGUACACGGAGAUGGGCGACUUGGAAAACGCGGGCCGGUACUACGACAUGUACCUCGACGCCCUUAACAAGGAGCUCUCGAUGUGA